AAACCGUGAACAACAGUUCAUAUUUGGAGAUCUAAGAGUUAAUUCCGUUUGACACAGAUGGCCACACAGUAUAAUCCUCUUUCAGAGGAGUCCCACUUCUCCUCCUCCUCCUCCUCCUCUUCUCUGGAUGAAGGUCUGCCUGUGAUAAUUAGCCUAAUGGAAUGAAUGACUGUGAAUAGACAAUAUGCAGCUGUGCCAUGUCCGUGGUUUGUUGAUGUGGGUGAAAAGUGACUUUCUUCACAUGAGGGAACGCCAUGUUUUUAUCAUCACCUGCAUGAGCCGGAGGGAGGAGCACUCCUUUUUUUUGAACUGACGUGGAGGAGAGAUGCAGAGGGCGGCCCCAGGCUCCUUCGACGCCGAUACCCUUUUUCAGAAUGAACAGUUUCCUCAUCCUCCAGUGUCGUCUUUUGGCUCAAGCGUGAAAUUGGCCAGCCCAGCCAAGAGAAUUACCUUCUACAAGAGUGGCGACGCUCAGUUCAAAGGGGUCAAGAUGGCCAUCCAUAAACGCAGCUUCAAAUGCUUUGAUGCCUUAUUGGAUGACCUUUCCCAAAAGGUUCCUCUGCCUUUUGGUGUGCGUACUAUCACGACCCCCAGGGGCACCCACAGCAUUAAACAUUUAGAGCAGUUUGAGGAUGGAGGCUGUUACUUGUGCUCUGACCGUCGCCACGUCAAGCCAAUCAACAUAGAAGCUGCAGGGAAAAGGCCCGCAGUCUGGCACCACCACAGCCACCCACAUAAUACUCGCCGGAAGCCCUCCCGACCUGAGGAACCCCCCUCGGGACAUCAGCAGCACCACCGGCAUCCCAAAAGGAUUGUUCUAGUGAAAAACAAUGACCCUGCUAUUAGGCGAUCCAUCAUUCUGAGCAGACGAACUGCUCGAAGUCUUCGCGUCUUCAUGGACGAGAUUUCAGAGCUAAUGCAGUGUCACGUCAAGAAACUCUAUACUCUGGAGGGGCGCAAGAUUGACAAUAUUCAGAGUCUGAUGCAGUGUCCUAGUGUGCUGGUCUGUGUGGGUCGAGAACCCUUCAGACCAUUGCUUAUGGAAAGCUCGAAGAAGCUCUCAGAUGAAAAGCUUCCAGGAAUGCGCACAAGGUCUCACUCUAGUAUCUGCAGUGAAGGUCAUGAAAGCAAAAAGAAUGUUAACUUUGGCCUGGAGACAAAGAAAAGCAUUAUCCAUCCAAGAUCCGACUCCAGUAAUAGAUCUACAAGAUUCUCUCUUUCUUCAGAAAAGUCCUAUCAGAAUGGAGUAUGCAUGACACCAGGACAGUCUGGCUGUGUCAGCACCUGUCCUUACGUUAAAGAAGCCACAAUGAAUGAUGACAUUGAGAAGAGAGUGCUUGUUAACAAAGACGGCAGCCUUUCUGUGGAGAUGAAGGUUCGCUUUCGGCUUUUCAAUGACGAGACUCUCCAGUGGUCUACCGAGAUCAAGAAGUCAUCAAAAAAAGUGAAUGACUCUGGCUUUGUAAAAGAUGGCGAUUAUCUUCAAGCUAAAGCUGAGUAUUCAGACCCAGACUCCAUCUCUGCAUCUGAGGAGACUGAUGAAGCCUUUGCAACAAAGGUGCAUCAGAAGCAUCUCGAGGACUCGCUUUGUCAGAACUGUUGCAACCACUGCCAAGAGUACGACAUCUGGAAAAACCCCAUGCACAAAGACCCUGGGGCCUGCAAAUCACCCAGUUCCAGUGGAUCAACUCACAGAGUUGUAACCAAAAAGUCAUCGGUGGAUAGUACGCACACAUUGUCUCGCUCCAGUGGGGAAUACACUGAGCAUGUGGUGGAAAAGGCCUCAUGCUUUCAGCAGACAAUGGAGGAAGGGGACACCAGAGUAGAAUACUGUGCUGUAAGUCAUUGCUGCAAUCGAAGUGAAGUAUCAUCUGCUGGAGUCAUGUCAAAGAGCAAGAGAUCUGGUGAGGACUGCUGUGAGAGUCACAUUAAAAGUAGAUGUUCUCAAACAGAACCUGAAAUCUCUCCUACGCCACAUUGUGCGGUCAUUAAAGUCAUGGAAGAGCGUCCGAUUUCUGCAGUCAGCAAUUCGUCCAAAGUGCUUGAGUCUUUGAAGGAAGAUCAGGAUGAUGAUUAUGAUGAGCUGCCUCCAAGCAUCUCAAGAGUGUCACACUGGUCUCAAAGUGACCAUCUUGAGAGCGAUGAUCAACCCAGUUGUGUUCAUUGUUGUGGCUGCCAGACUUUACCAAGAUCGUAUUUGUCCCCCAGACCUCCCAGUAAAGAAUCAAGCAGUGUUGUUCACUCACUGAAGCUCAAAAAGUAUAAAACCACUUUUGCAGCACCAGUAGAGCAAGACGGGAUGAGUACAACAUCUCCAGUUUCAAAAGUCUCCUCCAGAUCCCAUCCAAGUCACUGUGGAGCCAUAACCCCAAGUUCAGUUUCAUCUGCUUGCCAGCACAGCCAAACAUCUUGUAAAUCUAGAGACAAAACAAUCAACCCUGAAUCCAAUGCAUCAGAUGCUCUGGAGGAAUGUGAUGGUGACGCUGAAAACAGAUCUUUGAGUGCCACUUCAGGUGUGUCAAGAAGAUCUGGCAGGUCAGCUGUAUGUUCAUGCUGUUGUGUGAAUAAAACACUGACUGAGAAUCCAGAGGGGAGUGAACCAGAGAAAGGUGAUUCCAUAUUGUUGAAGUCAAACAAAUCUGCUGUAUCCAUUUUAAAUCCUAAUGAAAAAUGUGAACCUGUUAAUAAUACAUUGGAAGUGGAAGCCACAAUGGAACGCUCUGAGUCUGCACUGUCUAAAAAUUCAAAUACCUCUUCUACUUCAAAAACCUCCAAAAGAUCCAACUGCUCUGCUCAUGAAAUGUGUUCUGUUGGGAAAUCAGUGAAAUAUGAACAUAAUGAAACAGAAAGUGUUGAAGAAAGAACCAAAAGUGCCAUGUCAGCCAGGUCAGACUUAAUUAUUUCAGAGAGAGAGCCCACACCAGCCUUGGUCCUGACAGAAAACGAUGAAGCUGGAGAAAAAAGCCAAGAAAGAGCUGUCAGUCCAAUGUCUGCUCAUUCAAACUUAUCAGCUGCAUCAAAAACAUCCCAUAAAUCAAAAUCUGCACAUUCAGAGAAAACUAAAACACCUAGAUCUUGUAGUCCAAAUGAUUUAGAAGAAGUGCCAUCAACGUUACUUAAUUCUCAGGGUGAUAAAUCAGAAAGUGCUGCUACUCAAAAUCAUACUACGUCAAAUAAUCAUUGUGAACAAGACACAGAGUUUCUUGAAGAAGUGAGAUCAACUAGUGCCAUGUCUAACAAAUCAGACCGAUCUUCUGAACAUCCAUCACAAACAUCAGAGAAAACAACUAGGUCUGUCAAAUCUUGUUGCGACUUACAAGACAAAGCCACUCCGAAGUCCAUCCAUUCCGAUAUUCAGAGUGAGCCGGAAACUGAAGUAACCACAGAGGAAAGACUAUGCAGUUCACUGUCCAAACGCUCAAAAAGGUCUGUAAAGUCAAAUGCAUCCUCAAAGUCUAAAUCUAAGGAAAGAGUUAACAGUGCAAUGUCUUGUAGGUCCUGCAAAUCAAACCAGAACUAUUCAGAAAACACAGUUACCUCAGUACCAAAUUAUGUAACGCCUGAUGAAUGUGCAGAUCCACAAAGUGAGUCAGAGAGAGCAACCAGCACAAUGUCUCAGACCUCAGAAAAGUCUAAUGCCUGCUCUGAAAGAUCCGUCAAGUCUGGUACAAAGAGCCCUGCCUUCCAGGAAGUGGAUAAUGGCAAAAGCAUGACACAAAAUGCCUUAACUGUGACCACUCCAUUGCCUUGGACAAAGAGGUCUCCAUCUCCUAGAUCAAACCAUGACACUAAAAUUAAGACCAAUAGCCGAGCAACAAGUGGGAUGUCAGUAAGCUCUAAUGUAUCCUCGCAAUCCCAAAGAUCCAGUAAAUGUAAUUGUCACAGCUCCUCAAGUGGUAAUUUGAGAGAGACAAAUCCUGAGAAACUAAAAGAGGAUGUCAAAGAUGAAUCUGAAGAGAGCUUGUCAAGAAAAUCAAAACUGUCAAAUAAAUCCCUUAUCAAUAACAUUAAGUCUUCAGGCAAACAGUGUGAUGAGCCUCUAAGCCCAACAUCAACAGCGUCUGUUUCUAUCGGACUUGGAGAAGAGCACAAGGGUGAUGACUUUGAUGAAAGAUCAAUCAGCGGUAUGUCUGUCACCACAGAGGACGGUGGACAUAAGAUAGAGAAUGUAAAUGGAGUGGAUGCUAAGGAAAGGCCAAAUACAGAAGUUUCUGUGAAUUCUGCAAUUUCAGACAGACCAAAAAAGUCCCAUCACAUGAACUACAAGACUCCUGUUCAAGCCCUCUCGCCUGUCUCAGCUGAAAGUAUUAUGUCGGCAGAACUGAAGAAAAGCAAAUCUGGAAGCCAGUUAAAUGAAAACAACAUCAGAGUGCCCUCCACUUUGUCAAUGUCAUCUGUACAAAGUAAAACACCCUCCGGAGUUUCACAGGGAAGUGCUAAAAAUACAGUUACGAAAGGAGGAGAUUCUGAAGCUCUCAACAACACCAACCAUGCAGAAAUUACUAAAACAUCCUCAAAACAUGACCAAAGUGAAACAGCAUCUGGAAAAGCUACACCAGCAAGUGACUGUUUACAUUCAAAAGCAUCUGAACAUUCAAUGAAGUCCAAAAAUGGCCAAAGUACUAGAGAGAAUGACAAAAGAUCUAAAUGUUCUUCCCAAUGUUUGGAAAUAAAUGGACUGAACAUAAAAUAUAACUGUGAAAAUGAUAGGGGCAUGGUUAAGUGUCUUAAACCCUCCUCAUCAGAAAGAAGAUCUGUGAAAAGUGAUGCAAAUUCUGCGGUAAUGUCUGAUAUUUCCCAAAAUUGUAUAAGCCUACCACAAGAGAUGCCAAACAAGAAAAAAACAUCGGUCAAGCAUCCAGAUUCCUCAAGCAACAGUGUUUUAUCUCAGGCACUUUCAGCAGCAGAUUUGUUGAGAGAAAUUAUUGGUAAUGCAAGACCAGUGAGUAGAGGAUCAAAGUCAGUUGCCUCUAGCAAAAAUGUUGACAAGGUAGAAAAUAAAAGCCAAAAAAGCAGCAGGAGCAAGCAUGAGGAAGUCAGCAUCUCAUUGGAGUGCGACAGCAAGGAACUGAUGCCGUCAUUCUUACCGAACGCUUCCCCUACAGAAGUUGUGAAUGACUGGCUUAGGAAGAUUCCCAUUGAAGGACAUGUUUAUGAAAUGGAUGGCGAACUCACCGAAUAUAUGAACCUGGCUCAAGGUGAUGAGGACACUUCUCAAACUGAAAAAAGCAUAAUUAAGGUUGAAGAACCUCAGGAGGAUCAAGCAGGCGAGAAUUAUUUUCAGCAGGAGACCAACGACAGUUGUGGUGAAAAAGCACAAUUGGAAACUCAUGAAAUGUAUCCUGACCCUGAAGCAUUAACCAAACAAGACUGCUUACAAAAGCAUUGCCAUUCUUCGGUUCAGGUCAUGAAGGUUUUACUGGGUCCAAAACUAGACAGAUCCAGUAGUUUACCUGAAGUCUCCCUUGCUUAUGGCAGAAAAUUAAGCCAGUCUGCUCAAGGUCUGUUGGACUGCCUUGCAAAUUUACGAUUGAUUGACUCAGAUUCUAAAAACGAAAAGAAACGUAAAUAUAAUGAAAUCAUGAUGAUCCUACAGUCGCUCUGGCUCCAAAAGCCCUCUGAGGAUGAACAGAAAAAGCAGGAGCAUCACUUCACCGAGGAUGAAUUUAACCCACGGUCUUCAUCUGGGGUUGAUGUUAGUAGCGGCUCCACUGGCUCUGUUAAAGGUAGCAUGAAUGGCAUAGUAGGAAAAAUAGAGACCACUCAUGGCACAAUACCACCAAUUGCCGAACAAGAGGCAUCAGUGGAAAUUAAAGAUGAAGAGGAAAAUUCUACAGCUCCUGCAUGUGAAUGUUUAGAUCCACCCAACGUUCUCUCGGAUCCAGUAACUCCAGACAUUGCAGAGCGAGUACAGGGGAGCCCAGUAAAUACACAACUGGAUGAUGACAAAGAAAAUGGCAUAUUACACAAAGAAGAUGUUGAAAGCAGUAAGAAAGAAUCAGAUCAAACACCACAAAUAAGCUCUGGGAAUGAGAGUAACACAAUGAAAUCUCAAGAAAAUACAAGCUCAGGAAGUCCACCGUCUGUUCAGAGAGCUCCGCUUCUUAAAAGGGUUUCACAAGACCCAGAUCCUGUUUGGGUACUGAACUUGUUAAAAAAGCUAGAAAACCAGUUCAUGUUGCAUUAUGCAGAUGCCAUGGCAGAGUUCAAAGUGAGGUGGGAUUUGGAUGACAACGAGAUGCUCGAUACAAUGAUCAGCGAACUGAAAGUGGAAGUACACAAACGGAUUCAAUCGAGUAUUCACAGAGAAUUGCAAAAAAUCCAAAGUCGGACAGGUAGGGGUCCAAGACCUCCGGGAAAUGCUCUAUCAAGAGAGUCUACAGUCCAGACUGAGCAGCGACGCAAGCGUCUUCGGGUCAUGCGCAAUAAGUCCAUCACCAUGUCAAGGGAUGAGGACAUUUACACUGCAUCUGGAACUGAAAACAGUGAUCAACGCAGUGAGGAUGAAUACUGUCCAUGCGAUGCAUGCAUGAAAAAGAAAAUGGCGUCAAGGGCAGUCCAGCAAGCUCAGGCUUUGAGUUUGGCUCCAGUUAUGAUGGAGUUUGAUCUGCGGAAAAUUUUACAACUGAAAAAGGAUCCAGUCAAACCUUUUGAAUUGAAGCUGGAAGAACAACGCACAACCAACUUGACUGAAGAAAACAACUUAGAAGUGGUUCAUGAAGAGGUAGAAGAUACGAAUGAUGUUGAGACGCCAGAUGGUGCUCUCAAUGCAGUAGAUGGUGAAAACAUAAACAAUGUAAAAUAUGUAUCUUCAGACUCUGAGAAAAGAGAAACAAAUGGUGAAGGUGGUGAAGAUGAGGAGGAGAAAGAAGGAGAGCAUGUGAAAGAAGAAGUGGUAAAUGGUGACACUGAGGGGAAAGAGGAAGUAGAGUUUGUUGAGGAAGAGACUGAAAAAGGAGAUACAGAAGAGGAUGGUGAGGAGAAAAACUGUCUUAAAGGAGAUGCAGCAAAUUCAGAAAACAGUGAUGUGGGUGCAGAGGUGGAAAAAGAGAUGGAGAUGACAGAAACUGGUGAGGAAACGGAAUCAGGUGACAAUAGAGCUGAAACUGAGACUGUGGAAGAGAGUACAGAAGACGAGUCUGCAGAAGAUGGUAGUGAAUCAAAUAAAGAUAAUACUCCUGAAACUACUGAAGGUGAAAAGUCAGAUGAGACACCAAAUGAAGAGUCUGCCAGUGAGAAGAAUGCUGAAGGAAGCCAAGAUGGAACUGCCGAGGAAGAUGGGACAUCAAACACAGGACAGGACGAGGACCAGCCUGAGAGAAAAGGCAAUGUGCCAAAGGUAAAGACCGAGGUUGAGGUCAACGGAGACACAGAAAAUGAAGUGGACAAAUGUAGCUCCGUUGAGGAAGAUUUAAAAAAUGAUGAUCAAUCUGAUGAAACUGUUGCUGUUAUCUGUGAGAGCACACUAGCAAAACAGGUAACGAGAACGUCAAUGGAAUCUCAACCAGGAUCCGUGGAGAAUUGCACAAAUCAGACAGCGCAAGCUAAACUGAAAGAUCUUCAGAGUUUCAUGGAGAGUGUUGAAAGUCAAGGCGACAACAUGGUUGUGAUUACUAAACAACCACCCUUCAAAGAGUCAAAUGGACCAGGAAACCUAAAGAACAUGUGCAAUGGCUUGACCGAAUGGCAAGUGUCCCCUAAAAUAAGCAACAGGGCCAAUAAACAAAAAAAUACGAAGGAUUGACAAUGAUGUUAUGGUGAACAAUACGGAAUUUUAAUAUUUCAUCUGAUAAACCCUCAAAUAAAGCACUUUAUUUUUGAUUGCUAAUGUUCCUUUAGAUGGGACUUAGAAGAUUAAUCUGUCUUCAAAGACAUCUAAACACCUAAAGAGAAACUUUGAAGAGAUUUCAAUUCUAUUGAUUGUACAAUACCGUAUAUUUCCAUGUAGUCAAGGUAUCGACUUCUAUUUAACCUAUGGAAUCAUAUACACUGGCAGUGAAAUACUUUAUAAACAUAGUCAUACAGUCACAGAACAUUAUACUGAUAAAUUUUUGAAUUCUCAGGAUGCUUAAUGUUAAAAGUAUUAUUUAAAUGCAUUGUUCAAAACAAACCUCAACCAGUGUUAGCAUUGCAUUACAUUUAUUCCAUAUUUAUUCCAAAUGGCACAAUUAUAUUUCAAAAUAUAUAAUUGCAGAUGUAAGAAUGGGCUUACCCAAAUUAGUAUGAGAGACGUUCAGUUUAGCAGCAACCAUGACUGUAUAUUUCGAAAUGAUUUGUUUAUUCAUGAAGUGGAAAGAUUGUCUUAUGCUGCUAAGUGGUGCUUGAUGCUGCAUUGUACAUUGUAAAACAUCUUGACAGAUGUGGUACUAAAAGCAUCCUUGACCAAGGUUUGUUGUAUGUUGCUAUUGUACUGUAUCAUCUAAUAAAUGCUCAAUUCUGAGAAUGUCA